UGCUCUUCCCUCUUUCCCAGGUGGCUCUGGACGCGCCAGGCUGGGGCCGCCUCUGAGCGCCCCGCGGGGGCCAUGGAUGGCGAGAUGGGAGAGGAACCGGGGGGCGCGUUGCCCCCGCCAGGUGCACCUUCCGGCCCCGGCCAGGCGGGCGCUCCGGCCCUCGCGGGGUGGCGGGAGCCCAAGAAGCACGCAGUGACCGAGGACUACCAGUUGUCCAAGCAGGUGCUGGGCCUGGGCGUGAACGGCAAGGUGCUGGAGUGCUUCCACCGGCGCACGGGGCAGAAGUGCGCCCUGAAGGUCCUGUACGACAGCCCCAAGGCCCGGCAGGAGGUGGAGCAGCACUGGCAGGCGUCGGGCGGCCCCCACAUCGUGCGCAUCCUCGACGUGUACGAGAACAUGCACCGCAACAAGCGCUGUCUGCUCAUCAUCAUGGAGUGGUGCGGCCCCCGCCUCGCGCCUCGCUGGGACCCCCCUCCUGUGCCUGCAGAAGCUGCGGAGAUCAUGCGUGACAUUGGCACCGCCAUCCAGUUCCUGCACAGCCAGAAUAUCGCCCACCGAGAUGUCAAGCCCGAAAACCUGCUCUACACGUCCAAGGAGAAGGACGCGGUGCUCAAGCUCACCGACUUCGGCUUUGCCAAGGAGACCACCCAGAAUGCCCUGCAGACACCCUGCUACACUCCCUAUUACGUGGCUCCUGAGGUCCUGGGUCCGGAGAAGUAUGACAAGUCAUGUGACAUGUGGUCCCUGGGCGUCAUCAUGUACAUCCUCCUGUGCGGCUUCCCGCCCUUCUACUCCAACACGGGCCAGGCCAUCUCCCCGGGCAUGAAGCGCAGGAUCCGCCUGGGCCAGUACGGCUUCCCCAACCCCGAGUGGUCGGAGGUCUCCGAGGACGCCAAGCAGAUGACCCGCCUCCUGCUUAAGACGGACCCCACGGAGCGCCUGACCAUCACGCAGUUCAUGAACCACCCCUGGAUCAAUCAAUCCACGGUGGUGCCACAGACCCCGCUGCAUACAGCCCGAGUGCUGCAGGAGGACAGAGACCACUGGGACGAAGUCAAGGAGGAGAUGACCAGUGCCCUGGCGACCAUGCGCGUGGACUACGACCAGGUGAAGAUCAAGGACCUGAAGACCUCGAACAACCGGCUCCUGAACAAGCGGAGGAAGAAGCAGGCGGGCUCCUCGGCCUCGCAGGGCUGCAACAACCAGUAGCUCCCGGGCCUCGGAGCCCGCGGGACGGACUGGAGGGGCUGAGGCCCGACACAGAGGGCCCAGGUCAUUUUUUUUUUUUUUAAACACAAGGACUAUUUUGCUGUGUUUUAAUUUGCCACUUGGACCUUCAGGAGCGGGGACCGUGGCCCCACACCUCCUGCAGCGCCCAGUGCAGGCGCCGGCCUGAGAGGGCAGAGCCUGGGGCCGGGGAGCCACCCAGCUGCUGCAGUGCCUUCUCCCUGAUGCCCUGCCCUGGCCGUGCCUUAGACUUCUAGGCCAUGGGAGUUGUGGCUGGGCUUCCCUCCUACUAUGAAAAUGCCCCCCUGUGGGGUGGGCAGAUGGGCCUGGCCUUGGGAAAGGCAUCUGGCCAUUGGUUGCCAUGGUGACCAGGGACAGAGUUGCUGUCGGUGAAUGCUGAGUGAGUGCACAAGGGAGGAGAAGGGGCAAUUGAGGGUCGGUCUGCCUUUGCCUUCGGGGGAGGCUGUCUUUCUCCCACGCCUGCCCCCUCAUUCCCGGCCUCUCUGGUCUCCCAGAGGCCGCAGGCUCAGCCAGCCUGCGUCCCGGGGUGGUCCCCGUCUUGCACCCCCAUCCCACAGGGCCCUUGGGGCUCCUCCUCCCCAGGCCCUGGCCCAGCCCUCCCGUUACCCCCCUCCCCAAGGAGUGGCCUCUCAUCUCAGCGGAGGGUGGGAGGUAUUUUUAGCGCUUUUCUACUUUGGAAAAUGUCACUGUGACAAAAGCCAGUUCCUCUGCUCCCACCUGCUCCCGGGAUCCCAGACCAGAGAGCCUCUCCCCGUGAUGGUUCGUUCUCCGCCUGCCCUGGGGGGCCCGGGACUGCAGUGGGAGUGGAUGGCUGCAGGCGGGGCCAGGAGGCUCCCUGUUCAUCAGGGGUCUCUCUCUCUCUCUCUCUCUCUUUCCUAGAGAGAAUGGAAG